UUUUCUUUUUGACUCCAGCAGAACUUUUUGGACCUCCGAGGUGUUGGGAGUUUUCACCUUGCUGUUAAGCAGCUAUUUGUCAUCGUGUUCCGAGCUGCUGACGCGGGAUGGUACCGUCAAAGCGAGUGUCGAUGUGGUCGGUGGAGGAAGUGUUGGAGUGGGUGCAGGACCAGCACCCGACCCACAUGGGCGCGUUCCAUGAAGCCAUAAUGAAGCACGCCAUAUCAGGCCGCGCGCUGCUGAGAUUACAGGGUCAUCACCUGGAGCUGCUCGGCGUGGAGGAGGAGGAGCAGCAGCAGGAGAUCUGGCAGGACCUCCUGCUCCUCAGAGUUCAGGAAGAAAUCAAUGAAUUCGGUGACAUCUGCUCUGAGUGUUUUUCCUCAUAGCUGGAAAUGAAAUGCGGCUUCCUUUUUCAUUUCCCAUCCAUUGAUUCGUCCACGUGAAGGAGGGAAUAAAGUGGGAGUGAUGGCAAUAACACGAGAAGGUGAAAGAGAAAGAAGAAUCAAUGGAGAGAAAGAGAAACCCAUUUCCUGUGUGAAAUCUGACCUGUGCAGAUGGAUGAGAUUCAUUUUUGGUCUAAGCGUCUUUCUCUGAGUCCAUUAGGCUCCUCCUUCUUUCUCUGUUGUGCAUUUACAUCUCGUCGUCAGUGGAUCAUGAAAUAUCUUUCGCUGCGUUGGUGAAGCCACUUUGGUGAAGACUGAAGCAUCCCAACAGCGAUAUGAGUUUUAAUGAAACCGUGAACCUGAUGAAUCGGACCUCCUUUGGCGGUCCACUUACUUCUCCUCUCGCGCCACCAUGAGGUUGACGUUAGUGGGUUUGUCUGAAACGUCUCAACACUAUUGAAUGGUGAGAUGUUCACGUACCCGCCAGGAUGGAUUGUAAUCUGUUGACCAUCAAGUCAAAAAUGUAAUUUGUCUGAUACUUUUCACUAAACUAGGGACACUAGUGCUGUCAAGUGCUCAGAGACCUUUUCACAGCUGCCAUUUUGACAAGUAAUUACAGGGAGUUAUGUAAAUAGUUGACACCUGGAAAUUAAAGUCAAAUUUAAUGGAAAACUUGUGGGCAUGUGAUAGUUUGUCCAGUAAAAUGCAAACAAGGUCUGAAAAUAAUCAAUAACCUUUAAUAAACAAUGUCAGAAAUGUAGUAGAUCAUGUUUCUAGUACUGGGCGCUCUGAGUGAAUAAACUGGGAAAUUACAGGAAGAUAAUCCAACAUGUCGGAGUAGCUUUAUGUCCAAUUCUGCAUUUCUAUCAGCUGUCAUACACACACACAUGCGCACGUACACGCUGCCUGAAAGUCAUUGUAAAAUCCAGCUGUUGGUUUAAUCUCUUUGAAAUGCCUGUAUUUGUAUUUUUAACUGAAAAACAGCAAAUAAAUAAAGUAUUUCUGUAAAGUGA